AUGGACGACGCCUCUCCAACUGAGCAGUCUGCUGCCAAACCCAGGGCUUACAGCCGUGCCAUGGCUCUCGAUCGUGCAUAUUUCGAAGCGUUUGAGUGGGCUCCUUCUCGAGCGAGCCACGUUGGACCCGAAAACGGCAUCCACGAGGACGUACCCCGCGGCCCGUUCAAGACGACCCGCGACUGGAUGAAGGCGCGCCUGAUGCUGAGCAGCCGAGAAUGCCAUGGCAGGAUUGCAAGAUAUUCUGCGCAGAGCGAGAUGGAUAGCGACGAUGAGGAGGACUUCGAAUACGCCGAGCAGACUCUGGACAGCAUCAAGAAGCUUCAGCCUCUCUAUUGGACGUUGUGUUUCCGCCCGCAGAGGACCCCGAGCCUGAAGCGACCAUGGUGUUCCACGACGACCGCUCCUUGCAUAACAUACUCGUGGAUAGCGACGGAAAUUUGA